GGUUGUUAUUCAUCGACUACUACUUAAUUAAUCAUCAGUCGCUGCUCCUCGUGCUGCUGCUUCUGGUGUACAGUAUAAAUAAGCUCCUUUCCCACACCCCAACCACCAUCGUCGACCUCCAGCCUUCUCCCACCUUCAAUCAAUCCCAAUCCAUUCCUACACCUUGUUCCUCCUUCUCCUUCUCCACUCACCACACCCAACUCAUGAAGAGCAGGAGGCAGGCCGGCCGCGGAGGUGCCGUGGCGGCGGACGGGAACCACCACCACACCACAAGCAGCGGCGAGGACACCGGACGCUGCAACACCAAGAUGGAGCGCAAGGACGUGGAGAAGAACCGGCGGCUGCACAUGAAAGGACUCUGCCUCAAGCUCUCAUCCCUCAUCCCCGCCGCAUCCCCCCACCACCACCUCCGCCAUUAUUCUCCUUCCUCUUCCUCGCCGCCCUCCACCAACAAGGACGCGGCGACGCAGCUGGACCAGCUGGACAGCGCGGCGGCGUACAUCAACCAGCUCCGUGCCCGGAUCGACGGCCUCAAGCGCCGCAAGCAGGCCGCCCUCUCCGGCGGCUGCUCGUCCUCCGUCUCCGCCGGCGACUACAAGCCACAGACGGCGGCAGCGCUGCCGGUGAUCGAGGUCCGGCACCGGGACGGAACGCUGGACGUGGCGCUGGCGAGCGAGGCCGGGCGUCCCUUCCGGCUGCACGAGGUGAUCGCGGUGAUGGAGCAGGAGGGCGCCGAGGUGGUCAGCGCCAGCUUCUCCGUCGUCGGCGACAAGAUCUUCUACACGGUGCACUCACAGGCGCUCUGCCCCCGCAUCGGCCUCGAUGCCGGCCGCGUCGCCCAGAGGCUCCGCGGCCUCGCCGCCGCCGCCGCCGCCGCCGUCUCGUCGUCAGUCCUCCUGACAUGAUCUUAGUAUCCUUUUUUGCCAUGGCGAACUGACCGACCGACUGACUGACCGGAGGCUAGCUGUUGCAAGGGGUGGUUGAUUUGCGGGUUGUGCUGCAAAUGAACAACUUUUUUUCAUCAAUCGGGGCAGCAAUGCUCUGUGCGGUGUUUGUUUCAGCUCUCGAUUCCCCUCCUGUACAAGUGCUGUUCCUCUGCUUAUCUGCUUCUGAGGUGGGCUUCAGGUUCGUCUGAAAUCUUAGGUGUAAUUGUUGAGAUAAUAUUUGAGUUCUGAGACCCCUUGACAGACUAGGCGUGAGGCCGAAUAAUGUAAAUAUGAAUGAAUGAUUCAGGAACAUGUAUGAAUGCCUUGAAAAA